CGGAAUAAUCCGGAAAUAUCCGAGAGAGGGAACGUUGCAGACGCCAUAUUCGGCAAUCGUAAACACAAGUAAAUUCGUGUUUUUAAAGACCGUGACAGUCGUUAGUAAGAUGUGAUAUUCUUGUUCAAAUGAGCAUUUCAGUAUCCUGGCCUUUGUACCAAACCCUGCUUGUGAGGUUUGGAGCAAAAUGAUAAAACAGAACAUGAGGUGGAAAAAAGGAUAACCUAACACACAGAAAGAUGGAUUCAAAUGAAGGCAAACAAGAUGAAGGAUUAAAAAGCACCAAAAGUAAUGGGGGUGGGAAAGAUGGUGGGAAAGAUGGUAAACGAGAAGACAUUGGCACUAAGGCUGGUCGAGACAGUAAAGAUGCAGGGAAGGAUGUGAGUGACAGGAGACAAGAUGAUUAUCCAUCCAAAACUAGCAGCAGAGAUGGAGGAAAAGAUAGAGGGAGGAUGGGAAAUGGUGAUCGAAGGAAGGAUCCUCCUCCCCACAAAUCUGUGAGAAAGGGUGCAGGUGAUGGACCUGGGGACUACAGAGAUAGUCGAGACAGAUAUGAUGACUACUAUGAUCGGAGAAGUUCUGGCCAAGGCAGACCACCACCAGAUCGGGGUGACCGAAGGCAAGAUUCAAGAAAAGGCAGCAACUUUGUGGGAAAACCAGAUAAACUAGAUAAAAAAACAAGUACACCAAACAAUGUAAGUAAACCAAAGGAUGUCAAAACUCCAGCCAAGAUUGAACAGGACAGAAAGGCUCAGAAAGAGAAAGAAGAAGAGGAGAAAAAGAAAAAGGAAGAAGAAAAGAAGAAGAAUGAAGAAGAAAAAAAGAGGAAAGAAGAGGAGGAAAAACAGCUAGCUGAACAGAGGAGGGUUGAGGAAGAAGAGAGGAAGCUCAAGGAAGAAGAAGAAAGAAAGAGGCUUGAAGAGGAAAGGGAAAAACAGCAGUUGGAGGAUGAAAAGAAACUGUUAAAAGACUACAUAGAAGAAACCAGAGAAAAACUGACAGCAAGAGUAGCUCUGAGAGAGAAGAAUGUUGCUGCAGCUGAAAAUAGGCCUGAUGAGUCUUUCUUUGGGAAACUCGAUUCAAGCUUGAAAAAGAAUACAGCAUUUGUGAAACGACUGAGGAACAUGACAGAAUCACAGUUCGAAGGCUUAAUCAAGGAUUUUGGAAGUCUGAACCUGACCAAGUACAUAGGGGAAGCUGCAUCUGCCCUCGCUGAGGUGAAACUGAAGAUGUCUGACGUACAGUCGGCAGUGCAGCUGUGCAGCCUGAUGCAUCAGAGAUAUGCUGAGUUUACUCCUGCACUGCUGGAGAACUUCCAGAAGUAUCUGCUGAACAAGAAGGAUGAGAAGAUUUCAAAUCUAAGCAAGUAUCGUGUGGAUCUCCGUUUCUUCGCGGAACUGAUAUCUGUGGGCGUGUUCUCCCUGAAGGAAGGUCUGCCAGUGUUGGCCAAUCAACUGUCAAUACUGGUGAACAACGACAAGGAUGAGCACAAUAACCUGUCCAUCAUCUCCAGCUUCUGUAAACACUGUGGGGAUGACUUUGUUGGUAUCAUGCCAAGGAAGAUCAGGUUGCUUUCUGAGAAGCAUCAUGGAGCAGAGAUUAUGAAAAGCAAGUUGCUGCCUCCUGAACGCCAGAAAGCUUGCAGGAACUUGCUGAAAGACUACUCCAGUUCCCUGAUGAAACACCUCAUCAAAGACCACAAGGAGCUGAAGGGCAUGGAAAGACAAAACCGAAGAAUCCUACAGACCAAAGGUGAACUGAGCACUGAGAGACGUGAUGGGUAUGAGAAUGCCUUGACAGCAUACCAGAAGCUUCACACAAGUGCAGCAGUUCUAGCUGAUCUACUAGAUGAAGACUUACCUGACCUUCCAGAUGAAGAUCUAAAACAAGAUGAAACCGGAGGAAUGUUUGAUUUUUUCAGUCCUAUGAAAGGAACUGAGGUACUGUACCAUAUGAAGGGAGACUGCACUUUGUUUGAAGAUGAAGACACAAGAACAUUCUAUGAAUCUCUCCCUGAUCUGAGAUCAUUCAUUCCAGGGAUAUUGUACAAAGACAGUGAGCAGUCUUCAAGUAAAGAUGCAACCAAGGAACCUGAUCCAGUGCUAGAAGAAGUUGACCUGGAGUGCCUUGAGGUGGAGGACCUGGAGGUAGAGCUGGAAGAGAAGCUAGAUGAGAAACUGGUGAUGGCUGAUGGUAGCAGCAGUGGAGGUGAAGAUAAGGACAGUAGUGUCAGGGAGGAAAUGGCAGAGGAUUUAGGGGAGGACAGGUCCUUCAUACCACCUGAAGCUGAGGAAGAUGAUGGUGAAACAGGAACAUUGAUGAAGACACAGUUUGAAGCAUACUUGCAGUCCUUGCCCAACUGUGUAAACAGAGAUCUCAUUGACAAGGCAGCAAUUGAAUUUUGCAUGAACUUCAACACCAAAUCAAACCGGAGGAAGCUUGUUCGAGGAUUGUUUACUGUGCAUCGGACAAGGUAUGACCUGUUGCCCUUCUAUGCCCGGCUGGUUGCCAUUCUGAACCCCUGUAUGCCGGAUGUGGCCACAGAUCUGGUGCAGUACCUGAAGGGAGAUUUCAAGUGGCAUAUUAAAAAGAAAGACCAGAUCAACAUUGAAUCCAAACUAAAAACUGUCAGAUUCUUAGGAGAACUUGUGAAGUUCAAGAUGUGUCCAAAAGUAGAGGUCUUGCACUGCUUGAAGAUGCUGAUGUUUGACUUCUCCCACCAUAACAUUGAGAUGGCCUGUGCUCUCCUGGAGUCCUGUGGCCGAUUCCUGUACAGAUCUAUGGACUCACAUCACAGGACGAAAGCAUAUCUGGAUGUAAUGAUGAGGAAGAAGGCUGCUCUUCACCUGGACAGUCGCUACACAACAAUGAUAGAGAACGCCUACUUCUACAGCAACCCACCAGAUUUUCAGCAGGUGACUCGUAUCGAGAGACCUCCCAUGCACGAGUACAUACGCAAGCUCCUCUACAAAGACCUAUCUAAAAUUACUACUGAGAAGGUGCUGAGACAGAUGAGAAAAUUAGACUGGGACGAUGUAGCUAUUGCCUUCUACACAACCAAGUGUCUGACAGCAGUGUGGAACAUCCGCUACAACUCUGUACACUGUGCUGCCAAUCUGCUGGCUGGACUUGCACCUUAUCAUGAGCAUGUUGCUAUUCAGGUUGUAGAUGGUGUAUUGGAGGAUAUUAGACUAGGAAUGGAGGUGAACCACCCAAAGUACAACCAGAGGCGUGUUAGUUGCGUCAAGUACCUGGGAGAGCUGUAUAACUACCGCAUGGUGGAGUCAGCUGUCAUCUUCAAGACUCUCUACUCUUUCAUCACAUUUGGCAUUAGCUUGGAUGAAAAUCCUACUCCCUUGGAUCCUCCUGAGCACUUGUUCCGAGUGCGGUUGGUGUGUACCCUCCUGGAGACGUGUGGUCAGUACUUCGACAAGGGAUCCAGCAAGAAGAAACUUGACUGCUUCCUCGUAUACUUCCAGAGAUACUACUGGUUCAAGAUGAAGAACCAGAUCUGGACAGUGCAUCGUCCAUUCCCACAGGAUGUGAAGAACUUAGUGAAGGACACUCUGGAGAUGAUCCGACCCAAGCUGAAGAUUUAUGUCAGCUGGGAGGAAGCUAUCAAAGCUGCAGAGGAUAUUGAAAAUGAAUACAAGACCAAGAUUGCUAACCUGUUGCCAAUCAUUGAGACUGGUGAUGAGAGUGAGGUGUCAGAGGAGGAGGGACUGACUCCAAUACAAGAGACUGACGAAGAAAUUGAAGAACUUAGCCAGAGCUUGUCUCAGUCACGUCUUGAGGAUGGCACAGAGUCCAGUCAGGAUGACCAGAGUGGUCAAAGUCACAGCCAGACUGGAAGUCAGACAAGAGACGGCGAGGAUGAGAGUGACGACAGUGAUAGAGAUGAGUUCCUUGAGUCUGCUGGAGAGGAUGAGACAGAAGACCAGAUAACUUUGGUGACUGGUGCUCCAAAACGCAUUGUAUGUCAAGAAGAUGAUGACUUCAUGACUGCCUUUGACAAAAUGAUGUCUGAAAAUAUUCAGGCUCGUGCCCAGGAAUCUCUGAAGGUUCCCCAGCUUGACAUUGCUAUGCCUGUUCACCUGCGAAGCAAGACUAAGAAGACUGUUCCAGGCACUGGCACAGGUGUUACACAGCCUGUUCCUGAAGUGGAUACAGCCAUUAACUUUGUAUUGAUGACAAGGAAAGGCAACAAAGCACAGUUCACAAACCUGAAUGUACCAAUAUCUGCUGAGUUUGCUGCCAAAUUCAAAGAAAGAGAACAGGCAGAGAAGAUGGAGAAGGAAAAGAUGAAGCAGGUUGUGUUGGGCAUACAGCAGAGGCAGGAGGAGGAGGACUAUCAGGAAAUGAUGGCCUCCCUCAACAGACCAGUGCCUGUAAACACAAAUCGUGAGCGUCGUAUCCGAUACUCUCAUCCCAAGGGAGCCCCUGAUGCAGAUCUCAUCUUUGGCUCUAAGUGAGUUUGAAUGUCUCGCAGUCUCAAUGGUUUAUCUAGAUCACAGAAAACGCUGAGAAUAAGUGGAGCAUGGUCUUACACAAUGACCAGGAACCAAUCCAGUGCUCCGAGCCAGACAACAACCAACCGACCAGAGAAGGGAUGGAGCGGCCAGUCAGAGGGCUAGGAUGGUGAAAGAGUGGCAACUACCUAUAACUGGUUUCUAUGGCAGUGACUGCAGUAGGCUCAAGGAAACAUGCAAACACUUCAAAUGAUCAUUGUAUUCAGACAGGAAUUUACUCUCUUUGUGUUCAAGCAAAUUGACUAAGACAUGAUUCAUCUCAAAAACAUGAUUCAUCACAAGACCUCACUUCUACCUUUGAGUAUGAGAACUGAAGACUGGAUUUGCAAAGUAACCAACCACUGGGUCAUAAUUGCUCCAUCUUAUAAGCCAUCUUAAGACAGAUGAUAAACCUCAAUAAGUUUGGAAAUUAAUGUGGUUGUAGACACCUGCAAAUGUGUUUUAAGCAUGAUACCCUCCAGGAGAGGAUAAUAAAGAUGUUUUAAAUGAUCAAACUUAACAACUGUGAUUUAAGUUAUAUCCCUGUGCUAAAGAGAUAUUAGCCUGUUAAAUGAUAUAUUUCAAGUGAUGAAUUCAAAGAUGUUUGUCCCUUUGUGAUGUUAAAACUUUCUAUUUUUGAUAUGGUUCAUUUUCACAAGUUGUUUCAUUACAUGUCAUGCAGCGUUAACAAACAUUUACAUAUACUAUGCUUUUUUUAUUAGCAAGGUAUAAUCUGUUCUGCCAGCUGAUUCAGUGAAUGUUUUAUGAAAAUGGGAAAAGUAUAAAGGAUUGGCUUAAUUUUACUUGUUUACUUUCUCUACAGUUUUGCCUAACCACAAGUAAAAAUGUUUAUUUUAGCUUUGUACAUCAUUUUAGACAGUUUAUGAAUACAUGACAAAAGAUGAUUGUUGCUUUCAGUUCUAGCCUCUAUUCAGUGAUAUGAUAUAGGGUUGCUAUCUUACAGAUUCAAAUUAGUUUGAAAUCUAAGAUUAGAUUUUAACUUAACAUUAUGAAAUAAACAUUGAAAUGAUUUAUUUAGAUUAUUUUAAAAUGUUACAACCGAAAAAAAUCCAUGAUUAUUUUAUUGGUUUUAUUUAUCAGCCAAAACUAAGUGAAGGUGAAAUUUUGUCCUACUUUUAUGUUUUCUGGUGGAAGGUAUUACUUAAGCCUUGACUGUGAAGCAUAUCAUGGUUGUCUUUGACUCUCUUACAGCUAUGUAUGUUUCCAUAUAAGGCAUCUAUGUUUACUUACUUGGUUUGUGAAUUGGCCAACCCAAACUUUUACAAAUACACAAAAUAAUAUCGUUCUUAAUGGUAUGUCAAUGUGGGAAGGGAAAUAAUCCUGCAGAUUCUCAACUCAACUGAGAAAUUGAAAAAAAUGUUUUUAGGCAUAUGUUUAAAUUUCAGUUGUGACAACCAGCCCUGUCUGGGUUUUGGAAAAAAUGUGAACCAAGUUAGUAAAUCUAAGAGGCCUAAGAAGCUGAACACUGAUUAGCUUCAGUAGUUGUACUACAUGUACCGGUAGGAAUUAUUGGGGAGUGAUGGGGGGAAGCAUGGGCCCUUUCGCAGGGUGAGACAUCAAGUCUGAUACUUUCCAGCACAGUCUUACUUGGUGUUCUUAGCCACUUGAAACAGUGAAAUAUACUUAAUUACAAGGAGUAUAUAUUAAGUUACUAUUGUUAAACUUUAAUUGGUAUGUGGACUAAGUUACAUGUCCAGAAUAAAAUCAUUUGUCUUUCACUGGUUGUAAGACUAUGCCAGGAAAAUAACAGACUUGAUUCUUUUUGCCAUUUGCAGGUGCAAAUAAAGAAAGUGGUUGCACACA